GGAAGCUUGUCUCUCCCGGCCAGCGGCAUUCGUGUGUGGCGACGGCGUGCGAGUGUUCACUUGAACUUGUUGGAAAAAGUGGAGAAAUGGGCGAUUUGACGACACUUUUCAUUUCCGUUGGGCUCAGUGAGCAAAAGGCGAAGGAAACGCUGAAAAACGAACCUCUCACUUCUGCCCUGAAGAACGCAAUUACUCAGGCCUGUAAUAUCCGUGGAGCAACAGAAGUGGAUAAAGCCAUGGGGACAUUGUUGUACAGCUUGGCCUCUCGCCUCAAAGACCCAAAACGCCUGGGGUUUCUGACAGAAAAUAUAGCUCAGCGCAAAAUAUGCACAGAGCAACAACUUGCAGCUGCUUUAGAAUUUGUGAAGACUCACCCCCAGGACCCCCUAAGCCAGAGUGACUUUGAUGAAGCCUGUGGAGUGGGCGUGGUUAUAACACCAGAGCAGAUUGAAGAUGCAGUGGAGUCUGUGAUCAAGAAGCACAAAGAGCAGCUCGUAAAGGAGCGAUACCACUUCAACAUGGGCCUGCUAAUGGGGGAUGUGCGCUUUGCUCUGAAAUGGGCUGAUGGGAAAGCUCUCAAAAAUGAGGUGGACAUGCAGGUCCUGCACCUCUUGGGACCCAAGACUGAAGCUGACCUGGAGAAGAAAUCUAAGCCCCAGAAAGCUAAACCUGAGAAUGAAGUGAAGGCCAAAAAAGAAGAGGCAGUAUUGAAUGGUGAGGAUACAGCUAUAGAAGGAAAGUCCCUAAUGGAGCAGCUCAGAGGGGAGGCCCUAAAGUUCCAUAAACCAGGAGAGAACUAUAAAACGGAGGGCUACGUGGUUACACCCAACACUAUGAACUUGCUCAAAAAGCACAUGGAGCUCUUUGGUGGACAGAUACGUACCCGUUUCCCACCCGAGCCAAAUGGUAUUCUUCACAUUGGACACGCCAAAGCCAUUAACUUUAAUUUUGGUUAUGCAAAGGCAAACAAUGGAAUUUGUUACUUGAGAUAUGAUGACACAAAUCCAGAGAAGGAGGAGGAGAAAUACUUCACUGCCAUCAAAGACAUGGUGGAGUGGCUUGGCUACACACCCUAUGCAGUCACACAUGCAUCUGACAACUUCCAACAACUGUACGAUCUUGCCGUGGAUCUCAUUCGCAGGGGUCAUGCGUAUGUGUGCCACCAGAAGGGGGAGGAACUCAAAGGCCAUAAUGCUCCUCCGUCACCGUGGCGGGAUCGUCCCGUUGAAGAAUCGCUAGUAUUGUUUGAAAGGAUGAAAAAAGGAUUGUUUGCCGAGGGUGAAGCUACAUUAAGGAUGAAGAUGGUUAUGGAGGACGGGAAAAUGGACCCUGUGGCGUACAGAAUCAAAUAUACGCCGCAUCAUUGUACAGGAGAUGAAUGGUGCAUCUACCCCACGUACGACUACACCCACUGCCUGUGUGACUCCAUUGAAAAUAUCACACACUCGCUAUGCACCAAAGAGUUUCAGGCCAGGCGAUCAUCCUAUUAUUGGCUAUGUAAUGCUCUGGACCUAUACUGCCCUGUUCAGUGGGAAUAUGGCCGCCUGAACCUCACCUACACUGUCGUGUCCAAGAGGAAGAUCAUCAAAUUGGUAGAGAGUGGCGCAGUCAGAGACUGGGACGAUCCUCGCCUCUUUACUUUAACUGCUCUUAGGAGGAGAGGCUUCCCACCAGUGGCAAUUAACAACUUCUGUGCUCGGGUGGGAGUCACAGUUUCCCAGACGACGACCGAGCCCCAUCUUCUGGAAGCUUGUGUGAGGGAUGUGCUGAAUGAGACGGCCCCGCGAGCCAUGGCUGUGUUGGAACCGAUCAAAGUCACAAUAGUCGACCUUCCUGAGGGCGUAAAGUCAAACAUACAAGUGCCAGACUUUCCUGCUCACGAGGCCAAGGGAAGCCACACAGUGCCUUUUACAAGCACCAUCUUCAUUGAACAGAGUGACUUCAGAGAGGUGAUUGAGAAAGGCUACAAGCGCCUAACCCCAGAACAGCCUGUAGGACUAAGGCAUGCUGGUUUUGUUAUCUCUGUCCAGAAGGUCAUCAAGGAUGCUCAGGGUAAAGUGGUAGAACUGGAGGUAAGCUGCUGUAGCUCCGAUAAAGCUGAGAAACCAAAGGCCUUUAUCCACUGGGUCUGCCAGCCGCUCGUGUGUGAAGUGCGCAUCUAUGAAAAACUAUUCCUGCACAAACAUCCCGAGGACCCAGCUGAGGUGCCCAAUGGCUUCUUGAGUGACAUCAACCCUAAUUCGCUGCAAGUGAUCACCAGUGCCCUCGUUGAUACCUCUGUCAAAGGAGCUAAAGUUUUUGACAAAUUCCAGUUUGAGAGAGUUGGUUAUUUCUCUCUGGACCCUGACAGCACAGAGGACAAGCUGGUCUUUAACAGGACGGUUACUCUCAAAGAGGACCCUGGGAAGAUUUAAGUGUCUGACUGCGAUCAAGUUAUGCGUUCUGCUUCCCAAGAGCCCACCGAUACACGCCAAACAUCUGUUUGGUCCACAUCACGUAUAAAGCCAGCAAGGCACGUACUGUUUUGGUUGAGAUUUAAACAUAUGGGAUACUGACCAUAGUUGAACUUCAUUCAUUUCACAUGCAUUUUUUUUUACCCUGAUUGAAGAAAUCUGUGACAAAAUAUGUAAGUAUUUCAUAAAUGUCAAUCUUUGCCAGUCUGUCACUUCAUGAAUAUUUUAAAUUGGUGUUUCCUCUUUGAUUUUAUACAAUAUGUAGUAAUCAAAAAUCUAUUGUACCUCAUGGUAUUGUCACGACUCUUCUGACAUGGAGAUGUUAUCAAAUACAGGAAAGCAUUUUUUUAAGUCACAACGGUGCUCAUGUAUCAGGCAAAAUAAAAAAAAUUGUAAGAAGACAAUAGUUUGUCUGG